AUGGAUCAAAAGACGGGUGGCAAGGCUUACCUAGAAACUUGCGCCACCGGCUUGGUGUACAACCCCAACAUCCAGAACCGUGACCUGCCCAGCAGCCACGACUGUGGUAAGAGGGCCGUCAAGGUUCGAACCGGGAGGUCAGGUGGUCCCGAGCCGACGGCCGAUGCGUCGGGCUGUCCCAGCGGAGUCGCGUUCAUCCCCGACCCGAAGGAUUGCAAUGGGUACAUUUACUGUCUCAAUGGAAUCCCGAAAAAUCAGUUCUGUAACGAAGGUCUCCACUACAACGCCAAGGCAAAGGCGUGCCAGGCGCCCGAAGAUGCUGGCUGCCAGUACCCAGCCUAG